AUGCAUACCUUACAGAAUGCUGUGAAGCGCAUCCUGAACAGCUCUGGAGCGCUUUCCUUGGACUUCAUCACGGAAGCCUUGGUGCAAACGGCUAAGCCUGUUCCCAUGCGGGAAUUCCAGGUGCAAAUGUUGUAUUUCUGGUACGAUUAUUUUUCAUGCCCACAGCCGGAAUGUCAAGGCAAAGCGCCCAACGAGAUGGAAUACCUCCACCAAGCUAGGGCAAUCAGCAGCAUACCGGGCUACAUAAGAGAGUGCCGCUUCUUUUUCGCGCUUUGUCCGGUGCUCGAGUGCCCCUUGCAGGGCAAGGUGAUAACAGCAGCGACCUGGAGCAGCCAUCAGCGGGAAGACGUCCUGGCGCGCGGGCGGCGCGCCUCCGUGGUGGCGGGGCCCCUCUCCGAGGGGGCUUCGAACUUUCCCGACCUCAUCGCCCUGGAGCUGGCCUAUGCAGAGGACAGUCAGGAGUUGUGCUUUGUAGUGUUUUGCUGUGAUGGGCUUAGGCCCUGCAAUUCUUGCGUUGGAGCCCGUGACUUCCACGGCACGGUUGUCCAGUAUGAUGAGCUCUCGGCUAAGCUUGCUUCUAUCCCGAAGGGUCCGCUCGUUUUGCUUGCCGCCGAUGCGGAGCAGGCUGACGCAGAGUGGGGUAGGCUUGCGCUUCCCCUUGAUAAGCAGCACUGUCUGAAGGAUGCCUGGCAGUUUGCGAAGCACACCCGUGGCAACCAUCAGCUCGUGCAAGGCCUGGCCCGUGUCGACGCAUCAUGUGUGCGAGAGCUCUUCAAGGCCUCCGGCCAGCAAGGGGUUUUCGUUGAGCCGGUGGGGCGGCAGGACACGACGCCCACCGUUUCGGUGGUUUGGCACAAGCCUCUUCGGGAUGAGGGCCUUAGUGCUUUGCAUGAGCGGCUGCUGGCUGAGCGGCCGGCUUUCGGAUUGCUUCUUGGUAACAGGGAGCUUGGCACCCGCGUUGCCCCUCAGGAGGGGCAGGCCCCCACGCGCACCUGGACCAUCACAGGUACGCCACCGCCUUGGAAAGGGGCCUGUUCCUGGUGGAUAAGGGCGUCUGCGGGCGCCGGUGCUGAUGCACAGCAGAUUGUGGUUGAGUCACCGGAGGGGGAGCGAUCGUACUGGGUUCUUCCUGCCCCCGCCCGGCCAGGUACGCGCGACCGUGGGCAGCCGCUGCGCGCUGGCCCCUUUGCGUUCAAACGCGAGGCGUUCACAACGAUCGACAAGCCGGUUCUCCAGAGCUCUGAGGCAACUGAGGCCACAGGUGAGGAAGGCCGCCUUGCGCCAGGAGCGAAGAAGGCUGCUGCAGCUGCUGUUCGGUACCGCCAGAUCCCUGCCGACCUCGAGCGCCACGUUGUGCCGGGCGAUGGCUCCUGCCUUUUCCAUUGCCUUGCCAAAGCCUUGCCCUCAGCGCCGUCCCCGGACAAGGCGCGUGCUGAGACCAUUGCCCACAUGCGCAAGUAUGCCGCCUCUUUCCAGAAGCGGUGGGAUGGCUGCGACGACCGGCAGCAGCACCUCGAGUCCUUUGCUGAUUAUCUUACGAGGAUGCAGGCCCGGGAUGCUUGGGCCGGUGCGCUUGAGAUCUUAGCUGCUGCUAAAACGUAUCGGUGCACUAUCCUUGUGCUUCCUGAGCGGACUGAUCUGCCCCCGAGUGCCUACAACUUUGCGCCCACUUUGCCUAGGGUCAUUGUGUGGCACACCGGCAAGCACUUUGACCUGCUUACCCUUAAAGCCAAUGCCCGCCUGCCCGAUGAGAUUGCUGCUGUCACUGAGGAGGUUGGCCAGGCCUCUUUCCCGCGUGUUGGGGGGCCCUCCGCCGAUGACCUUGAGCGGCUUGAUGCUGCGUCUGCCGGGGCCGCGCGCUCUGAUUUCCAUGCCUAUGCCUCGGUCGCCUCCUCGGCGCCCACUUCGGUCAAGCAGCGGGCCCAAGCUCGCAAAAGUGCUCUGCCGCAUGCCGCCUCGGUUGCGUCUUCUGCGCCUUCUUCGGUUAAGAUGCCUGAGCUCGCCUGUGAUUUGCCGGCCGGCCCCGCCUUUGCUGUUACUGCUGGCGCGGCCUCGGUGCAUGGUUCGGUUGCUUCGUCUGCGCCCACUUCGGUGAAGCUUCGGGCCAAGCGGGCUCGCACGGCCUCGCCCGUCGCUGCAAGGAGCAUCCGCUCUUUCUUCGGUGGGCCCACUGCUGCUGCUGCGGCUGGCCCGGCUGCUGUUGACGAUGUGUUGGCCCCGGGGCCGCCGGCGCCGGGCACGCCCGACGACCUUCUUGAGGACUGCUUGCCUGUGCCGGCUGCCGUUGGGGACCAGCAGCGCUAUGACUCUCGAGGCCGUUUGCUCAAGGGCCGCACCAUCAAGGCCAAGGAUUGCUGGAAGUGCAGUUGGUGUGAUUAUGUUGCGCGUGGCAAGCAUUGGUGCGCUUACCGGCAUCAGCACCUUAAGGCCUGGCACCCCGAGCAUUUGCAGGACUUCGUGCGCCGACCGCCGCAGUUCGUGACACCGGGCCCCGAUGAUCAGGUAGAGUGGCAAUGCCCUUUGUGUGACAAGGCGUUGCUUAAGGCUCCCGAUCGGAGCGCCGAUGUGCUGCUGCAGGCCCGCUUGCGUCACCGAGCCCAGUGCCACCCUGAUGCCCCUAAGCGCCGCUUUCUGCUGCCACAGGCCAGGUCCGGUGUGCAAAAGGCCUCGGCCACUAGGCUUGCUGAUGGGGUUGCCCGCCGCAUCCUCAUGAGGCGUCGGGGCGACUUUGGCUCACACGAUGUUCGGUUUUUCAGGAUCCCUUGGUUUGGCAAGCCGGCCAAGAAGCCGAGGAGCACCCGCAUCAUUUAUGCAUGCACCCGUUGCGCCGCCACGGCAACUACACCGAAGCGGCUCCUCGCACAGGCGUGCGAGCGCAAACUCCCGACCUCCUCCCGCACCAAGUUUGAGGCGCGUGUGAGGGCUAUGAUCGCUGAUGCUCGGCAUGCUGCCCCUUUGCUUGAUGGUUGCCGCCAGCUGCUUGCUUGCAUUGCCCCGCCGGGGCCCGCGCGCCGCCGGCUCACUGCCAAGGCGCUGCCGCCGCCGGCUUUGCGUGCUCAUGAUGUUGCUGCUGUGGCCUGGCCUUUCUGGAAAGACCAACGCUUUGAGCUUGAGCUUCGCUUUCUGUGCUUGCGCUGUGCCGCGUGCCGCAAGAGCCGUGUUUCCCUUGAUCGCCGCAAGCUGUGUGAUGCUGUUGUUCGGGGCGGGGCUCGUGUUCGCCGUGAACUUGUGCAUGCCACGCAGGACCAGGACCCGGUGAUCGUUCGAGCCGCCAAGCAUGUGCUGCAGCUUCUUGACAAGGUGCUGCCCGCCGAGGCGUCCAGACAGGCCGUCCCGACAGAGGUUGUUGCCCUUGGUGAUGCCGGGACUGCUGCUCUUGACCUUAAUGCCUGUGGGGCCGCCGGCUCUAAUGAUCAUGCGCUUGCUGUGUCGGUUGACGCUGUGCCGCCUUGCCAGGGCCCGGGUGGCUCGCAAUGA